UACUGGGCUAAAUAAGAAAUGGCUUUUAAGUUAGUUUCACUCGUUUUUUUCUUUACCUUUUUUAUUGUGGCUACUAGAAGACCUUAAAUUCCACGUGUGAUUUGCAUAUUUCUAUUGGGCAGUGCUGGGUGAAGUGAUGACGAGAGAUAAAGUAUUAGUCCAAGUGGAAUCAAGCAGUUCAUAGCAUGCACGGUGGCCAGUAAAAAGUAUUCUUUUUUUUCCCCAGUGAUAAGGUUAAAUAUUCAUGUGAUGACAGUUCUACCAUUUUCUCAAAGUUCUGCCCUGUUAAAUUGCCACUGUAUUCAUAAAAAACACAGGAAAAGGCAUUUCCUCCUGAAGAGCGAAAUCAGACCGAUUUUUCACUACUCAGAAAUGUGGCCCCAAGAACAAAAAAAAAGCACCAACAUUUCUUGUGUGAGAUUCAAAGCCGAUAGUAUGGCCUCUUCUGAGCAGUGGUCCCUGGUGUGGCUGAUCCAUCUCUACUAUAGGGGUGAUGGCUUACAGCUCAGCAGUGCAAAGCCAAAGGGCACCCACGAGGUCAUUACAUAAUUCUUGGGAGCGUGAGGCCAAGCGUGUAUCUUCUCUGGGGAACGGUGGGCAGGCUCUGACAGGCAGACAGAGGCGGUCAUGACGAUGUUUUGACAAGAGUGUGUGCUAGAAGUUGUUUGUUUGGAAAAAGGCUGACCGGCUUUUUUCCCCCUCCUCCUUUCUCUCUCUUUCUCUUUUUCCGUUUUAAACUCUGGCAUAAUACUGAAUGACUUUGUUUUUAAGCUGCCUUAGCCUUGCUUUGUGAAGAAAAAGCCGGAGUACUCUUUCCCUGUAGGACACAAGUGUUAUUUUUGGAGCAGAGGUUCUUAACCUGAUCUCUGUCUAAACCAAUUUCUGUUCUUUGUGAGGUCGUGGUCUGGGGCGGCUCUGAGUGAUCUCUGUGAAGGGAAGCUUCCUGGCUUCUUGAGGGGGUGUUGGCAAAGAUGUGGAGGGGCCACGCCUGAAAGCGCACUGCUCGGGGCUCUCAGCCUCUCAGCGCAGGAGGCUCCUUCACAUUCAGAUUCUGCUCAGUAGAUUGUGCCCUCAGGACCCGUUGCAACCACAGGUGGUGAAGUGGUGUUCUCUUUCUGCUUAUGUCACUUCCUGGGAAGUUUCAGGUCAAGAUGACCACCCCCUCUUCUCAUAGCCUAGUACUUGAGGUCUCAGGCUCCUGGGAACAAGGAAAGCCAUAACUGGACAAUAGCUGCAGGCUGUUCAGCAUGCAAGUGGCUGUGGGAAAGCCACCACCCACUCGAGGGCCACAACGCGAGUCCCCGAGGGCCUCUGGGAACACAUCUCAGGACUCAAAAUUUCAGAGUGUCCCCCCCCCACCCCGGAACCUACUCUGAGUCAGACUGCUAGACAAGGAAGAAAACCUCUUCUGCUUCUCACCGUUCCUCUUCCUGACUUGGCUUGGCGCUGCUAAGCACUUACAUAGCUUGAGCCUGGCAGGAGACGUGUCAAAUUAGAAACAGCUUAACAAAAUAAUGCUGUAAGCAACAAACACCAGACCACCUGAUGGGGACUCCUUUCCUUUGGAGAGUGGUAGCUGCCUAUUCAGGGAGCAGAGGCGUCUGGAAAAGGCUCCCAUGAUGAACAAGUAGCCCCCACAGGUGUGUCAGGCUGCUUUCCUCUUGAGGACAGGAGCGUGACCUGUGGUGUGCCCUUCCCUGGCCAGCUAUACAUAGCCAGCAAAGCUUCUUACCAGAGAAACCUCCUUCUGUACCCUCCACCAGUCCCACCCACAGACUAGAGGGCUCUCGCUGUAAAUCCUCUGGAAGCUACUGAACCUGGCAAGGAAACCAGCCAGCUGGCCCCCAGACCUGACUGGGUCCCCACCAACGCCUUCCAGCCUUCCUUUUCUUGUGCUGGGAGCUUACCCUGUGUUCAGUCAUGGUCGACAUGGGGGGCCUGGACAACCUGAUCGCCAACACGGCCUACCUGCAAGCCCGGAAGUCCUCAGACGGAGACAGCAGGGAGCUGCAGCGGCGGCGCCGGAGUCUGGCGCUGCCCGGGCCACAGAGCUGCACCCAGCUCCGCCAGUCCCUGCCUCAGGACUUCAACAGCCUGUGCGAGCAGCAACCCAUUGGCCGUCGCCUCUUUAGGGACUUUCUAGCCACUGUGCCCCGGUACCAAGAGGCCGUGGCCUUCCUGGAGGAGGUGCAAAGCUGGGAGCUGGCUGAAGAGGGCCCUGUCAAAGGCAGCAUGCUACAGGGGCUGCUGGCCACUUGUGGGGCUGCCCCUGCUCCAGGGCACCCACACCCCUUCCUCAGCCCAGCACUGGCUACCAAGUGCCAAGCAGCCUCCGCCGAGGAAGAACAGAUAGCCCUGGUAGCACAGGCCAAGGCCGAGGUCAUGGCCUUCUUGCAGGACCAGCCCUUUCAGGAUUUCCUGGCCAGCCCCUUCUAUGACAAGUUUCUGCAGUGGAAAGUCUUUGAAAUGCAGCCAGUGUCAGAAAAGUACUUCGAGGAGUUCCGAGUCCUGGGGAAAGGUGGAUUUGGGGAGGUAUGUGCUGUCCAGGUGAAAAACACUGGUAAGAUGUAUGCUUGCAAGAAACUGGACAAGAAGCGGCUAAAGAAGAAAAGUGGUGAGAAAAUGGCUCUUUUAGAAAAGGAAAUCUUGGAAAAAGUCAGCAGCCCUUUCAUCGUCUCUCUGGCCUAUGCCUUUGAGAGCAAGUCCCAUCUCUGCCUGGUCAUGAGCCUGAUGAACGGGGGGGACCUCAAGUUCCACAUCUACAAUGUUGGCACACGGGGCCUGGCCAUGAGCAGGGUGGUCUUCUACUCGGCCCAGAUGACCUGUGGAAUCCUGCACCUCCACUCCCUCGGCAUUGUCUACCGGGACAUGAAGCCAGAGAAUGUGCUUCUGGACGACCUUGGCAACUGCAGGCUGUCUGACCUGGGGCUGGCUGUGCAGAUCCAGGAUGGCAAGCCUGUCACACAGAGGGCUGGAACCAAUGGUUAUAUGGCUCCUGAGAUCCUAAUGGAAAAAGUGAGUUAUUCCUAUCCUGUGGACUGGUUUGCAAUGGGAUGCAGUAUUUAUGAAAUGGUUGCUGGACGAACACCAUUCAAAGAUUACAAGGAAAAAGUCAGUAAAGAGGAUUUAAAGCAAAGAACCCUGAAAGAAGAGGUCAGAUUCCAACAUGAUAACUUCACAGAGGAAGCAAAAGAUAUUUGCAGACUCUUCUUGGCUAAGAAACCAGAGCAACGUUUAGGAAGCAGAGAAAUGUCUGAUGAUCCCAGGCAACACCCUUUCUUCAAAACCAUCAAUUUUGCUCGCCUGGAAGCUGGCCUAGUUGAGCCCCCAUUUGUGCCAGACCCUUCAGUGGUUUAUGCCAAAGACAUCGAUGAAAUUGAAGAUUUCUCUGAGGUUCGGGGAAUUGAAUUUGAUGAUAAAGAUAAGAAGUUCUUCCAAAGAUUUGCAACAGGUGCUGUCCCUAUAGCAUGGCAGGAAGAGAUUAUAGAAACGGGACUGUUUGAAGAAUUGAAUGACCCCAACAGGCCUACAGAUUGUGGGGAUGGUAAUUCAUCCAAGUCUGGUGUGUGUUUGUUAUUGUAAGUUGUUCUCUCCACCAGAUGGGCAGCAGCAAUCUCAGCUGACAUAACCCCCCCAAAUGUUCCUAACACAUGAAAAUCUGUUGAUGAGGACUGAUCAGUCAGGAGGGGCAUUUCAACCACAGAACAGUUCAAAGGACAGGUGAGCUCACCGCUAGGACACCUUUUUCUCCCCUCCUCUCCCCACCCCUUCCCGCCUUUCCCCUGCUCUUCCCUCUCUC